AUGCAACAAUCUUCCAAAAUGAAUGCGUUGGUUGGUGAAGAUCGUCCUUUAUUUGAACCUCCAAAGCCUUCUGAAAAGACUGUACCUACUCUAUCAUCAUUGUUGGAAGAGUUGUGGAAUCAGUCCAAAGAUGACAAUUUGGCUCAAGUAGCCAAAGAAGUAAAGAGUUCCAAGUAUUUCAAUGCUCUACGCAGUGUAUUGGAAGACAGGAAGCGAGAAUUGUGUAGGUUUAUGUUGUGAUAAAUUAAUAUUUUUAUUACUAAAGUAUUGUAAUUCUGCUUUCAAUAACAACAACCCUUUUGUAACUUAAUUUUUGUGUUUAUGAUGAUAUAUAAUUGUUUUAGCUUUUCGAUUUAUGUCAUUUGAACACGCCAAACUCGAAGAACAGAGCAAUUCGUUGAAAAAGAGUACCCAAGAUUGCCUAGAUGCCAUAGCAUGUAUUGAUAAAGACAGCAACAAUGAAGCUGUGCAAAUAGUUGAUGAUUACCUACAAAAAGGUAACCAAGAUCUCCAAACACACAUACACCAACUCAGUCAGGUCCGUUUAUAUUAUAUAAUACACAAAACUAUACCCAUGAGCUUAAAACAACCUUAAUUUCUUUUAAAAUCAUCAUUAACCUUGAUCUUACAGGCAGUCUGGACCCACGAAUGUCAGUUAGAGCGAGUUCUCCAGAAUCACUCCAAGAUUCGUCCCAUUUCAGUAGCUGAUGUAGAAAACGGAAAACGAAACUUAAAAGUAAAAUUUCUAAUCUAUGGUAACCAAGUUCAAAACGACUUUUGCAACUUUGCUUUACUGUCCUCUACUUACUUUAUGAGAAGGUAA